CCAUACCUUAGCCGUUGCCCAUUCCUAUUGCUAAAGCUAAACAUUUCUGGAUAAGAAUUUUCUUUUCCCGCACUUUAUUUUGGGAGUUUCCCAGUUUUCAAUAAUAUUAAGCAAAAUCCAAUGUUUUAUGUGUUUUAAUUAUGUGCUCGAAUACUGUGACUUCGUUUUUCCAACAACAGUAUGGCUUUUCUACCUGGAGACAAUCAGACUCGAUAUUCAACAAACUUCACUGCGAUGAAUCGUCAGUACUUACAUCCCCAAUAUUUGCAUGUAAAAAUGCCCCCAAACCAACACACGAACACAUCGUCGCAAUGGCAAAUGAAGACGGAGACCUGACAAUAAAAAACAGCGAAACUAACGAGCAAUACUCAGAUACUGCACACGUCAAUGCAAUUUUCGAUUUGGCUUGGAAGUUCGAUCAGAUGCAAGUAGUCACUGCUUCAGGGGAUCACUCUUCUACAUUACUUGAUAUAGGAGAUGGGCGUGUUAAGAUGUUGAGGAUGUUUCUAGCCCACAACCGGUCAGUUAAAACUGUGGCUUUUCAAAAGGAGAAUUCUAGUGUUUUGGCUACAGGCAGCAGAGAUGGGAGUAUCAUUUUAUGGGACACAAGAUCUCCUGUUAAAAUAGGUUGGGUGGGCCCAUUGGAUUAUAUUAUAAAGAAUGGGCAUGUUAGCAAAGAUAUUAGUUUAACCACAAACAAGAAAAAAAUCACUUUUAAAAUGAGUUCAGUUAAAAGCGUUACUGGAUUGGUGUUUCAAAACUCGAAUACACUUAUUUCUUGUGGCGCUGGGGACGGUAUGAUCAAAUUCUGGGAUUUACGCAAACAUUAUAGCACUAAUAGCAAACCACGACCUUCACAUCUUAUACCAUAUUCUGGAAAAACUGCUAAAAAUGGUUUCAGCAAUUUACUUAUUGAUAAUUCAAGAAUUAAAUUGUAUGCUAAUUGCUUGGAUAAUACAAUUUAUUGUUACAAUGUCGCAGGUCGGAAUACUGAACCUGUAAUGACUUAUACAGGACAUCAAAAUAAUUCAUUUUAUAUUAAAUCUUGUAUGAGUAAAGAUGAGAAUUAUUUAAUUAGUGGUAGCAGUGAUGGGCAUGCUUAUAUUUGGAAUUUGAAGCAUUCUCAACCAACUGUUAAACUCACUGGACAUGGGGCUGAGGUUACUUGUGUCUCUUGGUGUAAUCGUAAACCUACACCCUCUAUAAUCACUUGCUCUGAUGACAUGUCUUAUAAACUUUGGAAUAUAUGUGGUAUUGAUAAAACUGAUAAGGCACAAGGCGAAGCUGAAAUAAUGCCAAUAGUACCACCAAAACCAAAAAAACGCUUAUGCUUAACUAAAACACAGUUGCCUAUCAGCAAACGUUCAAUUUGGCAAUGUCAAAAUUGUGAAAGAGCAACAUUAGAGACCCUUUGCGAAAAUUGUGUGCCAUCAGGUUCAAAACGAAAAGCUGAUUCUAAUUUGUGGAGCGAAUGCAAACGAAUGGGUAGUGAACUUGGUCCUAAAAGGCUUUUUGCGCAUUUGCAAGGCAAUUUUCAAGAAGCAGAAGGAGAAAGUUUCAAGAUUUUAGAUAAAGUUGAUGAGGAACCUUUGAAUUUGAAAUCUCUUAAUACUGCCUUGGAGUCAUUUAAAUCUGCAGAACUCACCACUUCGCCUACAGUUAACCUUCCCAAUUUCGUAAUAGAUGGAACUGCACCCCAUUUGAAUUACUCACCCCCAAAACGCAAAUCUCAAGAUUGGCUAACAUGUAUGAGGAUUGAGAGAAAUUUGAGGCAAGAAAUGCUUGAGAAAACUGUAGGGAGUUCACCAAAAUCAACCAGAUUGGAUUCGAGCCCCAAAAGUACCAAGAAACCUUGCACCACUCCAAAAAGUUCUCUAUUAAGGUUUUUCAAGGUAACAAACAGGAGUGAUAAUGCAAAUUGUUUGACUAAAAAUCAAGAUUGUGAUUUUUUGAAGUCUACUGAAAGAAUGUGAUCUGAGUGUUUUUUAUCAUUUAUUCAAAACUAUAUUGUAUCUUUUAGGGUUUAAUUUAUGUUCCUUUAUAAAGUUAGUUAUUGAAACGACUGAAUACAAAACGUUUUGUAAUAAUUAAUAUGUUUUUAUUUAUUUCCUAUUUUCUUACAUUCCUUUAUUUUCUAAAAAAUAUUUGAUUGCAUUAACGUGAUCCCCAUUGAUCCUUAUAAAGCCAGCAAACUCAUUAACUUGCGAUCUUAUUGGUUGAUAAUUUUGCGGCCUUAAAAAGUCCUUUAUUUCCUUUUCCAGAAGCCAAAUAUCGCCUUUGAUAUUUUUCAGCAAUGUGGUUCUUCUAGUUUUCAAAUGCGAUAUGCGUAAGUAGCAGGGUAUCAUGUGAUUUCUGGUUCUUUGUACGAAAUAAGGAAGUUC